AUGGCCUCUUUGCUCAGUGUUUUGCUGCGAAAAUCUAACAAUUUAGGGCAAGCGGGGGCCCUUUUAAAGAAUUUACCUGCAGUUUACAAUGUGAACAACCAGCGCAGCGCCCACAGAUGGAUGCCAGACCAAGAGUUUGUGAAACAAUUUGAAGGGGCUGUUAUGUACCCUGAGGACAUUGGCUCACUAAUAAAGCAUCCCCCAUACCAUGGUGUGGUCAAACCGGGUGAAAAACAGGUGCGCAACAUGGUAUUGAACUUCGGUCCUCAGCAUCCAGCUGCUCACGGAGUGUUACGUCUCGUGCUUGAGUUAGAUGGAGAGACAGUCCGUGCCGCUGACCCCCAUAUUGGACUCCUUCACCGCGGCACAGAGAAGCUCAUCGAAUACAAGACGUACACCCAGGCUCUUCCUUACUUCGAUCGUCUGGACUAUGUCUCAAUGAUGUGCAAUGAACAGUGCUACAGUUUGGCCGUGGAGAAGCUUCUUAACAUCGACAUACCGCUUCGCGCUAAAUACAUUAGAACCUUGUUUGCCGAGAUUACCCGUAUCCUGAACCAUAUCAUGGCAGUCGGUACACACGCUCUUGAUGUAGGAGCUCUUACUCCAUUCUUCUGGCUGUUCGAAGAAAGAGAAAAAAUGAUGGAGUUCUAUGAGAGAGUGAGUGGAGCUCGGAUGCACGCCGCGUACAUCAGACCUGGAGGCGUUUAUUUGGAUAUGCCGCUAGGACUCAUGGAUGACAUAUACGAGUUCGCAGCCAAGUUCUCGGAGCGCCUGGACGAAGUGGAGGAUGUGUUGACCACCAACAGGAUUUGGGUACAGAGAACUAAAGACAUUGGUCUGGUCACUGCUGAGGAUGCUAUAAAUUAUGGAUUCAGUGGUGUGAUGCUCCGUGGGUCUGGAAUCAAAUGGGAUCUGCGUAAGUCGCAACCAUACGACGCAUACCACCUCGUAGACUUUGACGUACCCAUUGGGACUAACGGCGAUUGCUAUGACAGGUACCUGUGCCGUGUAGAGGAGAUGCGUCAGUCGCUCCGCAUCAUAGACCAGUGCUUGAACCAGAUGCCGGCUGGAGAGGUGAAGACUGAUGAUGCUAAACUCACUCCACCAGGUCGCGAGGAAAUGAAGACGUCGAUGGAGGCGCUGAUCCACCACUUCAAGCUGUUCACGCAAGGCUACCAGGUGCCGCCCGGCGUCACCUACACGGCCGUGGAGGCGCCCAAGGGCGAGUUCGGCAUCUACCUCGUCUCCGACGGAAGCUCCAAGCCUUACAGAUGCAAAAUCAAGGCACCCGGAUUUGCUCACCUCGCAGCUCUAGAGAAAAUCGGCAAGAACUCCAUGUUGGCAGAUAUCGUGGCUAUCAUAGGAACACUCGACGUCGUGUUCGGCGAAAUUGACCGAUAA